AGCUUCAAGCAGACAACAUGUCUAUGUUUGAAACAAAACCGUGUUUAAAUGAGUAGAAUUGUUUAAAUUGCAAUUUUAAAACCACUAGAUCACUGCAAUAAAACGAAGAAGUGAUAUUGCUGUAGUUAAAUUUAAUACUAACAAGGAUAACGCUACAAUGUCUGUCACGCUUCACACUGAUCUGGGCAAUAUUAAGAUUGAAGUGUUCUGUGAUGUAACCCCAAGAGCAGCAGAGAAUUUCUUAGCCCUCUGUGCCAGCAAUUACUAUAAUGGUUGCCUUUUCCAUCGAAACAUUAAAGGAUUCAUGGUGCAAACAGGAGAUCCUACUAACACAGGGAAAGGAGGCAUGUCCAUUUGGGGUAGAAAAUUUGAAGAUGAACUCUCAGAAGAACUGAAACAUAAAAAUCGAGGGUAUAUUUCCAUGGCAAAUUCUGGACCAAACACAAAUGGAAGUCAAUUUUUUAUUACCUAUGGUCCACAACCGCAUUUGGAUCUAAAGUACACAAUAUUUGGAAAAGUUAUAGAUGGAUUUGAUGUGUUGGACGAGUUGGAAAAACUGGCGGUUAAUCCGAAAAAUCACCGCCCAUUGAAAGAUAUACAUUUAAAUAGCGUGACAAUUCAUGCUAAUCCAAUGGCACAAUAAACCUUAUGAAUUGUAUACGGAUGAAUGAUUUAUAUUAUAA